CCUCCGCCGCCGUUACCCGUUAAUCGUUAUGUUCGCGAUCGUCCGUCGACGGAUUUAUCGCCGUGAAUGAACGAACGGAGCGCAGUGUCCGCGACAAUCCGCGCGCGCCGUGUAAACAUGACCUAGCCGAUCGUCCGUGGCUGUGUACUCGCGCACCGUCGUUCGCCCGAUAAAACCGCGUUCGGGUUCCGGGGUACCGUUGCGGGGCGGCAUUCGGUUGUUAUAGACACGAGCCGGCCUCGGUGAGGCCGUGAGGUGUACCGUUGUGCCGUCGUCGUUUCCGUUGUUGUUGUUGUUGUUGUUGUUGUUUUUGUCGUGUCUUGUUGUGCAUGUUGUCAUUGUUGUUGUUGACGGGGUCGCAGCCAUGGCCGACGAGAUUUUGGUCACGCUCUCCAGGCCCUCGGAAAUGCCUUCGGGCCUGGGAUUCUCGUUGCUCAGCAUCGCUGAUUGUCCGCCAGUCAUCUACGACAUAAUCGAGAACACGCCGGCCGCCGAAUGUGCACAGGUACCACCCAACCAAACGUUACACGAUUUAUCAAAUUUAUAGGCCCAGCGCGAUUUCUAAAAUAUGUGCCAUCGAUUUACUUAUUUUCCAUUUGUUAGCACCCAACUUGCAAGUAAAGUGACCUACGGUCCAAAAAAAAAAAAUUGCACGACACGGUGACAUUUAAAGUGAUCCAAACCGCUAAUAUCGGACCCACACUGUAGUGUUGGAUAACUCACUCGAUAAACGCCUCUAUGACGCCUACCUUGAUUCCUAUGUACACAGCAUAUUCUCUGGGGAAUUGUUAGAUUUUUUAACGUAUUUCCCAGGUAGAUGUCUGUUUCGAUUUUGUUUUCCCUUUGAUGAGUUUAAAUUUCACUUCUCGACUAGGUGCCCACAGGUAUUUGAUGCAAUCGUCCGAAUACACACGUUUUCCCGUACGCUAACGUAUUUAAUGCACACAGAAAAAGUAUGUAUGGUAUUUACGGGGGUAUCUAUGAUAAUUCUUUCAAUCGAUUAAUAAUAUCACAGUUUUAACGUUUGUAUAUUACGGUGGGCAAUGUACCUACCUGGAAAUAGAUAUUAUGUGCACUUUACCCAUUUAGAUGUGUACCCAUUUUUAUUGCCCUGUAGAAUUGGUCCCUACCUACACAUAUUUCUAAAUCCGGAAAGUGAUUUGGCCCUGACUUUUUAUUGAUUAUAACGUACAAUGUCCUACACGGGGAGCUACAUUCGCGUUACUUUUGUGUAACGUGUAGGUAUUUAAAAAAACUAUUAAUUAUAAUCUAACUCAGUUUUAUGUUAAUAUUUCAGCAUCUUUUUUAAAAAUGCUCUUGUAAUUAAAAUAAUGAAUAUGCGUGAAUAUGUAACGUAUUGAAAUAAUUUAAAUGACAAUGUCAAAUAUUGUGCCUGACUACAUGUAGAUACAUGUAGCUGCCUACAUAUUUUCUUAGCAUAUCGAGUUAUUUAUUAUUUUUAUCUUUAUAAUAUUAUAAAAUGAUUCUGUUUUUUGUGUAAAUUCACAGCUUUCAUGGGUGCUAUGUAUUGUUUUUAUAUUUUUAUGCACUGUCAAACUAGCUAAUUAGAAAACUAAUAUUUUUUUUUUAACAGCAAAUUUGCGUGUUGGGGUUGAUAUAGGUACAUAGAUAGUUUUCAAAAGAAACUAUUUUUAUAAUAGGUAAGUACCUAAAUAUUUUUAAAAAAGUGGUGUACCAAAAGUAUCACCUUGAUUAUCACAUACACACGACACACACAGUUCAAUAAGUUCAUUAAAAUUUAUAAACUUAAUGUCAAAUGAAUUUCAGAAUUUUGAAAUAACUUAGAAAUAACAAUAUUUACUCGUUUGUCUACACCAUGGUCACUAAUUUAAGGCUCUUCCUCACCAAUGUAAACGUUGAUUUUUAAACAGAGUUAAUAAGAUAAUCGACCAAUUGUGGUGGGUUAUCAACCAUAAACUCAGUUUAAGAAUCAGAUUAAUACCUUUUUUUUAUAUUGGUGAGAACAGGCUUUAAUGUAGUAGGAUUAAGACAAAAAAUAAUAUUUACCAUGUAACCGUUAUAUAUAAGUAGAUACCUAUCAGAUUACUUACUUAGUAAGUACUUUCUGUAAUCAAAUCAGGAAGUUAAUCCAAUUUCUUCAUACGAAUUGACAAAUCUAAUCUGAUUAAUUAGGCCUGUAAAAAUGUAGGAACCAACUAAUUAUUAUCAUUGUUUUAAAAUAUUAAACAAAUUAUAUAUUAUGUAUACCUAACAAGGUACCUAACUAUCUGAGGUUGAUAUCAUUAUCCAAUGUUGAAAUGAUCAGUGUUGGACAAAUGUGAUAAAUACAUCUAACAUUUAUAUCCUAGGUAUCUAUUAUGCUCAGUUCACAUGGUCAAAUAUUUUUGAUAUGUGAACCAGACUUUAUAUUGUUAGCUUUUAGAUAAAUUCUAUAGGUUAAAUAAAUUAAAUGAUUUUUGUAAAAAUUGAAUGUAUAUUUUAAAACACUAUUUUUUUUUAUUUAGAUUGAAGUUGGAGAUAUUAUCAUAAAAAUAAAUAAUGAAGAUGUAAGAACAUGUACAACAAAAGAAGGUAAAUGCAUCUUUUUUUAUCAUUUAUGGUUUAAUACUAAUAAUAGUUAAUACCUAUUAAUUUUCAAUUAAUUUGUUUUAGUACUAAAAUGCUUGAGGUUGGCAAAAAAUCCUAUUACUCUUAAAUUAGUGAGAGGUUAGUAUAUAAAAUAGUAUUAAUAUGUGUCUUUUAAUAACUUAUGUAUUUACUUAUCUAUUUAAAUCUAAUUCAAAUGCACAUGACUUUUCAGAUCCUGCUAUAAAAAAUAAAGUGCACGAAAAACUAUCUGAGGAUGAAAAUUCGCCUCAAGUACUAUUUCAUGAUAUUGAUUCCCCUCCACCUCCACCAAAACAUCAUCCACCACCAUUAGAAAUGGUUACCAGAACAAAUACAAACAAAGUAGACGCUCCAAAAUAUGAAGCAUUUAUGAUGACCGGGGAAAGAGUUAUCAAAAUGUCUAAAAAUACUCAAGUAAGAAUUUUUAAAUAAUAUAAUAUGUUUAAAUACCUAUAUUCGUAUUUUCAGGCAUCACUAUUGCCCAAAAGAGAUCGAAAAGUUGAUUGUUUGGUAAAAAAUGGAGGCCCUAAUAAAUUUCAAAAAGUCAAUUCAAAUUCUGUUCCUAGUAGUCCUGUUGAGAAUGAUAGGCCUAAUAUUGCAAAACCAAAAUCUGGAAAUACAUCACCAGUCUCACCUCCUCCUACGAGUAUUUCAAAUUUUAAACGUGAAUCUCGUUCAGAAGACCCUUUACGGUCAAAUUCUGAAUACCCAAUGUCCUCCACUACCAGUAUUGAUACCGAAGACGAAGAUAUCACAUCAUCCUGUAACACCUUAUUAAAUACUAACGUAAAACCAUUAGAAAUUGAGGAUAAAAGGGUAUUAUGGACGUACAAUGCUGGUCAUAUUCCUGAUGACACUUCAGCUUCUUGCAAUUCUCUUCAAAAAGUAAUGUCACCUACUUCGCCCACAUCUAUAUCGUCAUCUUUAAUGUCAUCGCCGUCUGAUCGAAGACGUCCCGCUAAAGGAUCUUAUCGUGGCAACAGUCAUCCAAAUAGCAGUCAUUCGAAUAUAUCAAGUCCAGAUUUUCAAGAUACAGCAGAUUCAGAUUUCUUAAUUAACUCACGGGAAUUAGAAGUGUCAGAUCCUAGUGAUAGUGAUUCAACUAUUGUAGCGAGCGAGCCAAAGAUUCGAAAACGCUCUACUGAAGGACAGUACUCAUAUGAUACUCAUAACGAUCAUCGAAUCGUUAUUCAGGUAAAAGGCCCAGAUAAAACCAAUUUAGUCAAAGACACUGAAAACAACAAUAGAUACUACAAUGAUAAAGAAAACAUUAACAACAAUGAAAAUCAAGAUUUUAAAGUUUGUGGCAUUUUAUAUUUAUAAUUUCUUGUUUUCAGAAUUUAUUUUAAUUAUUUAUUUAGGAUGAAGAAGAUGUUCAACAUUUAUUAGCAUUAAUGGAAGGUGCUGCUCAGUUGGCAAAUUCUGUUACCAACAACGAUGACCACUGGACACUAAAUGAAGAUGUAGAUUCUGAUAGUUUACAUAGUUUUCAUUAUUCUCCGAAAGGUGUAGAUAUGCCAUCAGCAGUAAGACUAGCAAAACGUUUAUUUUAUUUGGAAGGUUUUAAAAAGAGUGAUGUGUCAAGACAUUUAAGUAAAAAGUAUUAAUGAUAAAAAAUCUUAUUUUAUUCUGUGAUUAAUUAAAACUAUUUUAUUUCAGUAAUGAGUUUAGUAGAGCUGUAGCAGAAGAAUAUUUGAAAUAUUUUGAUUUCAAAGGCAAUUCAUUAGACUUAGCGUUAAGACAAUUUUUAAAACAAUUUAGUUUGACUGGAGAAACUCAAGAAAGAGAAAGGGUAUUAGUUCAUUUUUCCAAAAGAUUUUUGGACUGCAAUCCUCAAUGUUUUAAUUCUCCUGGUAAUAUUUUAUUAUAUUGCUAUUAUCUUAUGAAUGUGUAGUCUUUAAUUAAUAACUAAGUAAUUUUUACUUUUAUUGUGUAAGAUUAUGAUAAGAUUUAUAAUUUAAUGUAUUAAUUAAAUUAAAGUAGGUUAUCCUCAUAGAUAUACAAAACUGUAUUUGCUGUUGUGUGGACAUUUAGAGUCUAUUAAAUUGUAUUUUGUUUUCAAAUAAUAUAUAUAACUAAGAUUUUAUGUAUUCAUUUAAUAGUUUAAGAAUAAUUAAUUUAUAUUAUAUUACUGAAUUUUUCGUAUUUAAAUAUUUAUCAAUAGUAUUUGCACCAAUUUAUGAUUAUAAUUUCUUCUGUUUGAAUAAGUAUAUUAACUUGUUUUAAUAAUUAACUGUUGAUACAUUUUUAGAUGCAGUUCAUACAUUAACAUGUGCCAUUAUGCUACUAAAUACAGAUUUACAUGGGCAUAUGAUAGGACGUAAAAUGACAUGUAAUGAAUUUAUCGAAAACCUUGCUGGUCUAAAUGAUAAUGAACAUUUUCCCCGAGACAUUCUUAAACAAUUAUACAUGGCUAUUAAGUCUAAUCCACUUGAAUGGGCCAGGUAAAAUAACUUGUGCACGUGUAAAAUUAUUAUUCUACUAAACAAUGUUUUUUUAGCGAUGAUGAUUUAGAUGACAAUCAGCAAAAAAAUGCUAAUGCUAGUCAACCGGUUGAUGGUCUUGGAAAUAAAAUCGCCAGCCAAAUGGGCAAAAGUGGAAGUUAUGAUGAAAACGUCAUGACCCAGGCUUUGGAAUACAAAAAAGGUUAUGUAAUGAGAAAAUGCUGUAUGGAAGCUAAUGGAAAAAAAAGUAUGAACAAUUAAAAAUUUUAUUUAUCAGUAAUUAUAUUUGAUUGUUUUUUGAUAUAAUAGCUGCAAGAGGAAAACGUAGUUGGAAGAUGUAUUUUUGUACACUACGUGAUCUAAUACUUUAUCUACAUAAAGAUGAUUCUGGAUUUCGAAAAUCUCAAAUUAGCGAUAAUAUACAUAAUGCAAUUCAUAUUCAUCAUGGUUUAGCGACAAAAGCAACAGACUAUACCAAAAAACAGCAUGUGUUUAGACUGGUUACAGCUGAUCAAGCAGAGUAUUUGUUUCAAACCAGGUACUUAAUAAUUUUACAUUGAUUUUCCGUUUAAAACUGAGUUUAUAUGCUAUUUUACUUCCUUAGCGAUCCCAAAGAAUUAGACUCGUGGAUAAACACAAUAAACUUUGUAUGUGCUAGUUUUUCUGCACCCCGAUUACCGAGUGCUGUUGGAAACCAAAAAAAAUUUCAACGACCAUUAUUACCAUCAGCUCCUACAAAAUUAAAUUUGGUUUGAAAAUUACUAAUAGUAUUAUUAUGUAUAAAAAUAUAAUUUUAUAAAAUUUGUGUUUACAGCGAGAACAACUUCGUGAACAUGAAGAUACUUUGCGUCAACUAGAAGUGGAGCUUGAUAUCCACAAAAAGAAGCCACCAGAACGCGGAUCUAAAAAUAUUACAUUACAAUUUUAUAAAGAAAAAGAAGUUCACUUAUUUGAUGAAGUAUUUUUAAUUUAUAUAUACAUUAUGCUUAUUUAAAUACUAAGGUUUUUUUUUUUUUUUUUUAAGGUAAAGCGUUAUAAAACGUAUGUCUACCUUUUAAAAUCUAAAAUGAUUCAACAUUCAGAAUAUGACUCGAGUACUGCUUUAAUGGAGACUGAUGAUGAAGCAGAAGUAGUUUCUGCUGAUGACAAAAACUGCUCGUUACCCGUUUCAAACAGGUACAGUUAUAAUGCAGCUAUUUAUUCUACAAUGACAUCAAAUUAAUGUAUUAUAUUAUAAAUCUUAUUAGUAUGCUCAAUUUGGUGAUUUUAUUAUUAAUAACUGUUGGUUUUGGAUAGAGUUGCCAGGUGCAGGGAAACAAUAUUUUUUUUAGAAAAUUGCAGAGAUCAAAUUAUAUUAGGUUCUAUAUAUGCAAGUUUGGUACAUAAUUUCUGAAUAACACUUAUAUUGAUUAACUUUUUUACAUUAUGUUUGAAUUUUCAAGCUCAUACUAAUUGGCUUUUGCUUUAUUUGUUUAAUAUAAAUAAUGCCUCAGUUUUACAAUUUUAAAUAUAUUAAACUACAAUUUUUUUAAAAGUACCUUAUAAUAAAUAAUCAUUAUAAAUUGUCCAUAAUUUACUAAUUUUUAUAAUUAUUAUGUAUAGAUUGAAUAUUUUUAAAAUUGUAUAACAAAUGUUUAUUAUUUCUAAUUCGAGUUCAAGUUAUCAAUACACUUAUUUAUUUCAAAGAAAUGGUUUUAUAUUUAUAAAUAAUACAAACUACCAUUUAAUAAGAAAAAAUUAAAUAAUUAUCCUCAGAUUAAUCAAAUAUUUUAUAUUUUUAAUAUUAAACUAAUUGACCAUAUAUUAUCAUAAAAAAAAAACUUUAACUGUUAGUUGUUAGUAUCAUAGUUACAUAGUAUGAAAAGCCCGCGAUUUGAUUUAAAAAAGAACUUUAAUUUUAUAGAUAAUUUUAAAACUACAAAUUUGUUCCAAAUUUAUUAUAUUUUUCCUUUAUUUACAUCCCUAUUUGUUUGAUUUAAAAUGGUAGCAUGUGCUAUGUUUAUUAUAUUUUUGCAAUUUUGCUAUUAAAUAUAUUUAUCAAUGUAUUAUACAUUCAAUGAAUAGUAGGUUUUCAACUAACAUUUCUUAGACAAUUGAAAUACGAAUAAAUAAUGGUUUUAUUUUUUUUUUAUUAGAAAAUAAGUGCUUUAAUUAAUAUGUUAAAAACACUACACAGCAAUGAUUGAUUAUCACAAAGAAUUUGCACCAACAAUUCUAUUUUGAAUUUUAUACAACACAUUAACAUUUUUUUAGUAACAACUGUAUGACUAUUAUACUAUUACUGUUUUUACUAUUACUAUUAUUUUAUUUUAUGAAUGUUUUGUGUUUAUGCAUGGUAAAGGAGUAUCGAUGCUUGAAGCUGCAAAAAUGCCACCGGACUUCCAAGACAUUGUCACCUGGCUGUGUAGUUAAUUUUUAUUAUUUAUUUUAUUUACCGUUUUUUAUUUUAAUCCUAUUAUUUAUGGUUAUCCUUAAUAUUUGAUGAUGUAAAUGAUUCCUAAUCAAAAGUAUAGGCUGUAUAACUCAGAUGGUACUUACAUAUAUAUAUGUAAGUAAACACUUAUUUAUUGAAUUUGAAUUUGUUUAUUUAAAACAUAAUUAUUUUGCAUAUAACUAAAUUAAUAUUUGCAUAAAAAAUUCAAUUUAUUUUUUAACUAUUAUGUAACUCAUUGGACAUUGGUACAUUCUGUGAAUUUAUAAAAUUGAAUUGUUGAUUUCUAUUUAAAAUACUGUAUUACAUUUUGCUUUGUUUGAUAUUUAUUUAAUUCAAAUAAUUAUAAAAUGUUACUCUACUCUGCAUUCGACACACUAAUAAUAUUUUUAAAAAACUGAAAAAAUUGGCUAAUAUUUUCCUGUUUAUUUUAAUAAACCAACUUAAAAUAAUAUUGACAUAGUGAUAUAAAUGUAAAAUGUAUUUAUUUGAAAAAUAUAAAAUUAUUAUUAACAUCACUCAUAAUUGUGAAUUUAAAAUUUCAUUCCUCCCUCCUUAUAAGCUUAUUAUUUUAAAUUAUUUUACAAUGUGCCAAAUUACCCUUAAUUAUUUAACUUGUGUGAACUAUGUUGAAUACCAUCUUGAUUAAUAUUUUAUAUUUAUUUUCAAUGUACGAUUUAAUCAUUUAUCAUGAGUGUAUAACCCGAUUUUGUUUAAAUAAAAUUAAUGUGUUUACUAAAUUAUCUUUUAUAAAAAGCUAUUUGUUUUUUAAUAAUAAAAUUGUAAAUUAACUUUAACCACAUAGGUUACUUAUUUUAUUAUUCUUAAAUAAUAUUGAUCAUCUAUUGUUGUAUGUUUGUCAUACUAAUUGUAUGAUGUACAAUUUUGUAAUUAUUUAACAUUAACAAAAAGCUUCACUACUUAUUAUCAAUAAUAAAAUAUACCAAAAUAAACCACUUCUUUAUGCUAUUAAGUAAUGUGUUAACCAAACAACCAAACAUGUGAAUAUUGUUAUGUAGUAUUAUUACUAUAAAUCACUUAUUGUUGUUUUUUUUUUUUUGUUAUAAAAUUGUUGUGUACCACUUAUUUUUGAGUAUACGGAUAUAAUUUAAUUAGUAAAACAUCAGAUAUAAAUAUAAUGUACUUGAACAGAAUAUUCAAUCAAAAUUAAUUUGUCUAAAUUAAAUUUUAAACUAUUAACUUAAUAUAUAUAUAUAAAUAAUAUCCGUAUGAUUUGAAAUUUGUCCAGUAUUAGUAGAUUACAAUUUUUUUUUUUGUUUGUUAUUUUUCUUUUACAAUUAAUUGAAUGUGCAAUAAUUAAGAUGAAAAAAUAAUUUUAUUUCCAGUUUGCUUUGAACAAAGGUUUUACUUUUAUGAUUGUUUGUUCCACUGGUUGUGUUCAUCUUUAAGUAAAUUAACUUAAACAUGGCUUUAUUAAAACUGAUUUGUUUAUUUAAUUUUGAAAUUUAAAAGUAUCUAGUCCAUUUUGUAAUAAAAUAUUUAUUAUAUUAAAAAUAAUAUAAACCACAUGUACUAUGAUGUAUAUUAUUAAAAAAGCUACUGUAUAAGUGCAAAAUAUAAACAGACUAUUUAUUAUUUAUUAUUAAUUAGAUUUAAUUCAAAUUUAUACAUAUAUAUAUAUAUAUAUGAAAUGUAUAUUGUUUAUUAUAUAUAUCUGAGAGUUGCAUGUUUUUUUAAAAUGUUCAUGAUCGAUCAAGUUAUAAUAUUAAUAUAAAAUAAAACAAAAUUAUAUAUUAACUAUGUAUUAUUCUUAUUGUAACAAAUGUAUAUUGUCCUUCGAAUGAUUUAUCGAACAUUAUAUUUCACUAAUUAUUUUUUAAUAUUUAUCCAAUCAUCAAUUGAAUGCAGUAGCUGCUUAACAAGAUAUAAAAUGAUAAAUCUGUUCAUAGUAGAGAAUAAUUAAUGUUGUCUAUCUGGGUCCAUCCCUGAUGCAGAUCAGAUUAAUUACUCUGGGAAAACAAACCAGUUGCCAUUAUAAUUUAUGUAUGUAUGUAUACCUAUAUGGAAUUUUUUAAAUACUUUAAAUCGGCAAAUGUAAUUAUCUAAUCUUUAUCUUUUUAUAUAUUACGUAUGAUAAUUUUAUGCCAAAACAUGUUAGAAAUAAUUCUAUUUUUAAA